UCUUGAAUUAUACAUAUUGAUUUUUGACCACAAUAGAGUGAAAAUCGAGUUCGUCACAUAAAUUUAUUAGCACGUCACAGGCGUAUCACCGCCAGCGUCGUCGCCUCCGCGCUGCGUCUUCUUCACUGCGACGCCGCCGCCGUCUCGCGCCAUCGAGGCAGAAAUAUGGACGUUGAUGUGGAUCAUUACAGUGUUCUGGGGUUGCCUUCUGGGGAAGAAGGCGCCCAGCUCUCCGAGAAGGAGAUCUCGAAGGCCUACAGGGCUAAAGCUUUGGAGCUGCAUCCGGACAAGAGGCUGGAUGAUCCGAAUGCGCACUCGAAUUUCCAGAAGCUUAAAACGUCCUACGAGAUUCUGAAGGAUGAGAAAGCCCGGAAGCUGUUCGAUGAUCUUCUGAGGGUCAAGCGCGAGCAGCUCCUUCGCCGGUCACAGCAAGAUUCAAAGCGGAGGAGAAUGGUCUCGGAUCUUGAAGAAAGAGAGCGAGCGGCUUUUGCUCCUGACUCUGCUGCAAAAGCGAAAAAUGAAGAGGAGAGGAUCCUUAGGAAGCUUAGAGAAGAGAUAGAAAGGAUUCGGGCUAUGCAUGCGAAUAAAGGGCCUCCUCCAGCUUCCUCGAAGGGACAGGCUGCUAGUGAGGGAAAGGAUAGGAAGAGCAGUGGUGGGGUUGGUCUGGACAAGGAGAAGGUUCUCAAAGUUUCCUGGGAGAUGAGUGGCCCUGACUAUACUGUAGAGAGGUUGAAGGAGUUGUUUUCGGUGUUUGGUGUGGUUGAAGAUGUCGUCACUAGGAAGAAAAGAUCUGCACUCGUAGUAAUGGCAUCUAAAGAUGCUGCUGUUGCUGCCACAAGAACUGUGUGUGGAGAUCUUUCUAAUCCUUUGUUGGUCGUCCCCCUUCAGCCAGUUGUAGCGACAGAUUUCCCAAGUGUCAACAAGCCUGUGGAGAAAGAUCUCCGCAAUGAUCUUGUAGGGGCUGGCUAUCAAGAUUUUGAGGACUCUGUGAUGAAGAAGCUCCAAAAGGCUGCAGCAAGGCAAAAGUGAUGGGGAAAAGCAUCUGAGGAGUACAGUAUGUACAGUGUCGCUUCUGAAUCCUCUGUCUAUCAUCUAAGGGUAAGGUGUCACUUCUUAGGUAGAUACAUCAGCAAUCAGUCUUCAUCAUUUCUCAUUUUUCUCUCUUUCUGCUGAUCGGUUAAAGUAGCGGUGGCUUGGGAUGGUUAGAGCAUAUGAUGAGCAUACUUUGAUUGUAGCAACUGACAUCAAAUUUCAUGUUGAUGGAGUGCCAUCUUCAAUACUUGAUAGUGCAUUUGAUACUGGUGGGACCUCAAGGCUGCGAUUGGCAUUUCUGGACAAUGUUUAUUCUAUUGCCAAAAAACAGUCAGAACCCAUUGCUCAUAAGUGCUGAGGUAACCCGAUAUGUUACUUUCAUUAGGGAUAAUACCUGGCAAUUGUCAUACUGGACCGCAAUUUUAGAAACUUCUUCUCAUACUGUGCAAUUGCUUGGUGAUUGUAAUUUAGUAGAGUCGAGGACUGGUGCUGGAAUCAGCUGGCUUUCUAAGCCAGUAGUGUGAUAUGCGAGAUCACAUACUCUGUAGAAGACAAAUUCACAAUAUGGUGAUGUAAGAAAACUUCACAUUUACUGA